AUGUUGCAAAGGGUUGACAAGGUUGCAUACGAGUUAAAAUUACCUACUGAGCUAUCUUCUGAUCAUCCGGUAUUCCAUGUUUCCAUGCUUAAGAAAGUCAUUGGUGAUCCCAAGUCCAUACAUCCUAUUGAGGGUCUAUGUGUGGAUGAGAACCUCUCCUUUGAGGCUAUUUCCGUUGAAAGCCUUGAUAUACUAGUGAAGAAGUUGAGGUACAAAGAGACGACUUUCGUAAAGGUGUUAUGGAAGAACAACUUAUUUGAGGGAGCAACAUGGGAGGCCGUGGGCUUCAUGAGGUCAUGUUAUCCUCAUUUCAUUGCUAAUGAAGUUUAG